UCUGCUUGGGCCUCGCCUCUGUGUGCAAAGCCAAUCCGAUCAAAAGAAGGAAAAACGAAUUACAAGGCGGUUCCGUCGUCGGUAUCCCCUAAAGGUGCCAAGUGCACCCUACGUGGCUACGUUCCCCAGUUCGCAAGCAAAUCUCCGUUCUUGCACGCUCACACUGUCACUCAGCAAGAUACGCACGGAAAAGACUGUCAUCGCAUGCUUAAUUGAGGUAUCGGCCUCGCAUUCUCGCAAACGCGUGUGGUGCAAAAUCUCUCUAUCUGAUAUGGGUUCGUGAACUCUGCCCCCCUAUCUACGUCUGCCGAGAUCUUAUUGUAGCCAAUGAGGAAUGUCUUUGCGAGUCUCAACCGUCGCCGUCAUAUCUCAGUGCUCUCCAGAAGUUUACGCCAUGAUUGUACUGUUGACGCCAUCUUGCAGAAAUGUGCGUCAUUGGCAUGUCAAACAGAUCUUGAAAUUGUUAGAAGAAAAGAUAAUCGGAUCCCAUUAUGCUUGUUGCACUGGAAUUCAUUUUCUACCAGCUUCACCAGCGUGCAUGGUGAGAGCCCAUCAGCAGAGUAUGCAAAGCUGAGGAAGGAAUCACUCGAAAGUGAAUUUCGCCGUGCUCUUGGAACUUAUGGAAAAAGUGUUUCCAUUGUCCCUCGUUUUGGUCCAUUAUUGGCUUUGUAUAGAGCAGCAAUUAUUUCAUUUUAUGUGAUAAAGCUAAGCAUCUGGCAAUUCUUCAUUCAAGACAUCAGAAAACGUGCCGUCAAGUUCUGCGAAACUCUAAUCCACUUGGGGCCUUUCUACAUCAAGCUUGGGCAGGCACUGAGCACAAGGCCAGAUAUACUGCCAGCUGUAUAUUGCCAAGAGCUUGCUAAGUUACAGGAUCAAAUACCCCCAUUUCCUACUCAUCUUGCAAUUAAAUCCAUUGAAACUCAGUUGGGUGUUCCUGUUUCACAAGUAUUUGCUGACAUCAGCCCAGAGCCUAUUGCAGCAGCAUCUUUAGGGCAGGUUUAUAAAGCUCACCUGCAUUCUGGAGAGCUGGUAGCUGUUAAGGUACAGAGGCCAGGUAUGUCACUCUCAUUGACCCUCGAUGCGUUGUUAUUCCAUAUGAUCGGGGGUCAAUUGAAGCGGUUUGCCAAAGCCCAGAAAGACCUAUUGGUAUCUGUAAAUGAAGUGGUCAGGCACAUGUUUGACGAGAUUGAUUAUGUCCUAGAGGGUAGGAAUGCUGAACGUUUUGCUUCUCUCUAUGGUUACUCCCCAUGUAGUGAUAAUAGCAGACAUAAAAAACCUGCAACUGGGAAAACUGUGAAAUAUGAUAAAGCAAACUGUAUUAAAGUUCCAAAAAUAUAUUGGGACCUUACCCGGACUGCUGUGCUUACAAUGGAAUGGGUUGAUGGAAUCAAGCUUACAGAUGAAAUUGGCUUGAAGAAGGCCUGUUUAAACAGACGGGAACUGAUUGACCAGGGAUUAUAUUGCUCUUUGAGGCAAUUACUUGAGGUGGGAUUUUUCCAUGCUGACCCACAUCCAGGAAACCUUGUUGCUACUGACAAUGGCUCUCUUGCGUACUUUGAUUUUGGAAUGAUGGGAGAUAUUCCUCGCCACUAUCGAGUGGGACUUAUCCAAAUGCUUGUGCACUUUGUUAAUCGUGACUCUCUGGGUUUGGCAAAUGACUUUCUUUCUUUGGGAUUUAUUCCUGAAGGGGUUGAAAUACAGUCGGUUUCAGAUGCACUGCAAGCAUCCUUUGGCAAUGGGACUGGACAAUCUCAAGACUUCCAGGGACUAAUGAACCAGCUAUAUGAUGUAAUGUAUGAGUUUAACUUCUCUCUACCCCCGGACUAUGCCUUGGUGAUAAGGGCUCUGGGAUCAUUAGAAGGCACAGCAAAGGUUCUGGAUCCUGAUUUCAAAGUCAUUGAGAGUGCAUAUCCUUUUGUCAUUGGGAGACUUCUGGAAGACCCGGAUCUGGAUAUGAGAAAAAUCUUGAGGGAAUUACUUAUCCGUAACAAUGGAUCUAUGAGAUGGAAUCGGCUAGAGCGGCUGAUGGCAGCGAUAUCUGAACAGCCUUCCAAGUCGAAUGGGGAACCCACUAAUUCUGAGGAUAAUUAUUCAAGUCCUCUGGGAUGGAAAUCAUUUGACAUGCGGGCUGUCGUUGCUGCCACUGAAGAUCUUCUACUAUUCAUUUUAUCUGAAAAGGGUCUGAGGGUGCGUGUUUUCCUUCUUCGGGAUAUAAUUGGAGCAGCUGAUGUUUUUAUGCAGGAUAAAGUUGGUGGUUGCAUUCCAAGUGAGAAUGUUGAAGCAAGAGAGACGCUAGAAUUCGAGGAACACGCUAUGCUCACAAGGAUUGUUGAUGGUUUUCGAUAUUUCUGUGAAGCCGUAAAGUCGGCCCCGGAGGUGUGGACAGCAAUGCUAUUACGCAUGUCCGUGAAGCCGGAGGUCCAUAAAUUUAUUUUUGAUAUGAUUUCAGCUUUGGUCACGCAUUUUAGUUUCAAACUUACAGAAACUUCAUGGGUUUGUAUUUCUAGAUUUCUUCACAUGUUGGUGAAAAAAUGCAGCUCUGAUGAAUUAAGACAUCAGUAAUCCCUAUUCUCUUUCAUUUUGUUUUA